UGUCCUCAUUGGAUGGGCGGAGAAACCAUAGAAACGAGAGCCUGCGUAUGACAAAUGACGUCAUCACGCUCGUACCCGACCUGUCCUUGAAGCCACAACAGAGGCAAGAUGGUCGCAUACUGGAGACAGGCAGGCCUAAGCUACAUCCGCUUCUCUGCUAUCUGCGCCAGCGCGGUGCGCGCUGCGCUGAAGCCGCAGUUCAGAGCCGAGGCGCUGAAGGCCGCGGAAGCCAACGUCAAAGUGGCCAAGCCUAAAGCAGCAGCAUAGCAAGAUGUGAGACCAUGAUGUAGAUGUUUUUGUCCCUGGAGUUGAGGUCCUGCCCCUGUCCUGUCCCGCACACCGUGGAGAAGGAAGAAGAAAAAAAAGAUGGAUGAUAUCAAGAUGGCCUGUUGGAAUGGGGACCUGAAUGAAAUUGCUGUUUUCCCCCCUUUUCAUUUGUAAUUACAAUUGUAUUAAAGAUGAAUAUCUGAGAUUCA